AUGAAAUUAACAGAAUCAAACCUAAUCUGUAUUGAUAAGGAUUGUAAAUUAAAUAGAGUUAUUACAAAUUGGAAUGAUUUAUAAACUCAUUAAUAUUAUUCACACAAAAUUUAUCCUUAAGAGAAAUUUGAAAAAAAAGUUAAUAUUAAAUUAAAUGAAUAUAACCAGAAACUUGGAAUGUAGAUAGAGUAAAGUAUUUCUGAGUAAAUUGCAAAUUAAGAAUAAUAAAUUAACUUAAGAAUUAAGUCUUUAUUUUUUAAUCUUUAAAAGUAAAAUAAUUGAAUGGAUAUCAUUUAUAGAAUUUAUUUUGUACAUUUGAAAGAUUAAAUUAAAAUUAAUGAGAAAAUAGAGAGUUUAUCUUCAAACUAUUAAUUUGAUAAUAAUCUUAAAAAAUAUAUUGAAAUAUAUUAUUAUUAAUUUGAAUCACCUUAUUAAUAGUAAAUAAAUAUUUUUUUAGAAGGGAUCAAUAAUAAAUUAAAUGGAAUUACCAAAGAAUUGAUAAAUUUUAUUGAUUAAGUAGACCUUUAAUAUCAAUUCGAAAUAUAAUCUUCUUAUAAUUACACCCAAAAACAGUAACAAGAAGACUUAUAUUAUUAAAAAAAUAACUAAUUGAAUUAGAACUCCAAUUAAAAAUAUUAAUAUUAAUAAUAUGAUUAUAAAUAUUCAUAAUAACAAUCAGAUUUGAACACAAAUUAACUCUAAUAAUAAGAAGAUUAAACAAAUGUACCUCUAAGAUGGUAUAAAAAUGCAAAAAACUAACAAUAAAGAUCAUAAUAGUAUACUGUAGAAUAAUAAUAAAAAAAUUAUCAAUAAUAAUAAUAAUAAUAAAAUCUUGAAUAAUAAUUUACUGCUUAUAUUCCUAAAAAUGAUUAUAAUAAUGAUAAUGAUGAUAGAAUAUAAUUUUAAUUACCAUCUGAAACUGUUUAGAUUAAAAAAAAUAAUCCUAUUAAAAUAAGAUUAAUAGAAGUUUAAGAUAUAAAUGAAGAAUAGGAAGAUAAAUAAAAUAUAGAUUCAUAUCAAAAUUAAACAAAAUAAAAUUUGAAAUAAGAAGAAAAAAUUGUAGUUUAAGACAAUCCAUAAUUGACAGAAGAAGAAUUAUAAAGAUAAAAAUAAUAAAAUACAGUUGUUUAAGAUAUUCAAGUUUAUUAGAGAAUAAAUUUUGUUGGUAAGAAGUUUGAUCUAACAAAUUCUGAUAAACAUUUAAAAUAUUCAUUGAGAUUCACAUAAUAUUUUUGUGUAUAAUAAGGUGUAGCCUUAGUUGAAGGAGCUUUUACAUUAAAUGAUAAUGCAAAAGUCAAAUUUAAAUUUACAGAGCCAUUAAACAAAACUCUUGUAUAUAUAAUAAUUAUUAAAGAUAGCCUCUUUUGGUAUGUAAAAUGUUGAUAAUUAUGGAAAAAAACUAGGAACUUAAAAUAUAUAUAUGGAUCAAUCUGGAAGUAUGAAUAUAUUUAAAGUGUUAGUAUUGUAUAAAAAUGAGAAGCAAAGAUAGGGAUAAUUGAAAAUAGAUAUAAAUUAAGAGUAUAUUUUAUAAUACAGAGCUGAAAAAAGACUAUUAAGUUUCAGAAAAUAAGAAAUUGCAGUAAAUUUUAUUUUUUUACAUUAGGAAUACCUUCAUAUUGAAGGGAGUGUAUCUGGAAGUUUUAAAUUUUAUGUUAAGUUAAAUGGAAUGCAAGUUUAGAUAAUGAAAUGA